AUGGCCUGGUGCGGUGGCACGUCUCCAUUCUUUCCCUCGUCGAUCGUCUCUUCCAGCGCGAACCAGCUCAUCGAUCCAGCAUUCGCAUUGAAGAACACUGACGUGACGAUCGAACUAGAAAACGCUGCUCUGUGGAACCAGUUCCACAAGCACGGUACGGAGAUGAUCGUCACUAAAAACGGAAGACGAAUGUUUCCAACGCUACGAUACACAGUUAAAGGAUUGGACCCAAACGGAACCUAUGCGAUGUUCGUUGAAAUGGUACCGGCAGAUGAGUGGAGGUACAAAUUCAGCGGUAGCCGGUGGGUGGUGUCAGGAACCGGGGACCCCAUGGCUGGUGAUCAUCGCACUAACCUUUACUCGCAUCCCGAUUCGCCGGCAUCCGGACGGCUGUGGAUGAAACAGCCAGUGUCCUUUCACCGCCUGAAACUGACCAACAACCCGAUCGACCAACAGGGUCAUGUGCUGCUCUAUUCGAUGCACAAGUACCAACCAGUGCUUCUGGUUGUGCGCCUGCACGAGUUCUAUCCGGGUAACGGCACCUCGCAGUUGGUUGCUAAAGGUGUUUUCCAAGAUUCGUCUUUCUACGCGGUGACGGCCUACCAGAAUGAAAAAGUCAUCCAGUUAAAGAUCAACAAUAACCCAUUUGCAAAGGGCUUUCGAGAAACCGGAAAGCACGAGAAGAACAAAGCUGAUAGCCCCAUUCAUUCGACUCCAAGUACGUUCUCAAAGAAGGCAUUUAUGGCAUUACGUAAUAAAAAUUUUUCAAGGUCCGUCUGUAAAACGGUUGAAGGAGUCUCCAGUGUUGGAAGAAAAACAGCGAGACGCCGAGCCCUCGUCCUCGACUCCCGCCAAAAUCGAACCUCCGGUGACGCCAGAAGACGCCAAGUCAACCCAGUCCUUGCCUUUGCCUACCCGUUUGACUUAUUGUCCGACAAGAAAUGCCCAGACAUUGUUGUCGAUCAGGCCUAA